AUGCCAAUAGCUGUGACAAAACGAAAGAGGGACAACACAUCCCCUAAUACAAUUUCGUUAGGAGCAAGCAACAUUGGCAACACUUCUGAUGAAAGAACCAGACAACAAUUUCUAAGGGCUUUUGAAAGAGAGUCCAUUGUGGGACAUCAUUUUGAAUUGGACAUAUCACCUCGAAGUUGUGAAAGCAACACCUCAUCAUUCCAAUGUUUCAACACCCACUCUCCUCCUAUACUUAAUUUGAGUCCCAACUUGAGUCCGAUGCAGGAUGGUCACAGAACAUCACCACUGGAAGUCAGAGUUCAAGAGGCAGUUGCUGCCAUACCUGAUAUUGGUCCUCAAUUCGUUGGUUCGCCUAUUUUGUAUCCAUGCAUCAUAAAUGAACCUACCAACUCUAUUGAGCUGGAUGAUACAAUACCAAGCAAGAAACGCAAAGUGGCUGCAGAACUAGUUGGCAUGUCGCCUGAUGCUCAAAUUGUUGUUCAGAGCCCAGGACUGAACAGGAUGGAACAGGUGACGACUUCUGCUCCCAAUCAGCUGAGAAGGAAGAAAGUGGAUAGAAUGCUGAUGGAGCAUAACAAUGCUGCCAACAGUAACAAUAGUGUUAACAAUGUUAACAAUACUAGAAGCCCUGUUUUGAGAAGCAGACAUCACAGGACUGCCAACAACAAAACCAACCCAACUCCAACUUCAAUGAACAUAACAACUCGCAGUAAUUCUAUGCAACAACAACAGCAACAUCAUCAAACCAAUUCAAGAAGACUGCCUUCAGCAUCAAGAAGAUCAGCACAUAACCAUUACAUAGCACCUGAAAGAGGAUAUGUAUAUAUCAAUUCUGUUAACCAGCAGGUGCAAGAUUUCCUAGUGAGUCAACAGGACCCACAACAACAACAUUUGAUGGAUCCCAACAGAAACAACACAUAUCUUCACAAUGCCAACAACAACCAACAACACGUCCAACCUCCACCAUUUAUAGCUUCCAACAUCAUAAACCCACCACCGACUGCUUACCUACCUCCUUACACAUUGAGACUGGCCCCUUAUGAACUGCCCAUCAAUCAUGUAGAAGUUCUUCCUUCCCCCAACUUCUACCCACACCCUCUGUCAUCACCCACUGGCCAUCAGUAUGACAAUUACCAACACAGAGCCACAAGACAGUACACCAGGCAGACCAUGCUAAGAAAUAUGGAGGCUCCUAUCAAUAAUAAUAUUUUGCUUACAUCUCAUCUUCCAGUUGUGGACCCAUUGGUCCCCACUUACAUCAAUUUUGUACCCUACUCGGACCCAAGCUACUACCAGCAGCCUCAACAACAUGCAGCCAACAACAACAACAAUAAUGCAAGCCAGCACAUGCCAUCGUCUCCACCUCCAUCAUACAACAUCAUGUUACCACCAGCUGGUCGCUCGUACAGAAGGCAUCCUGGUUAUGCUAAUGGAUUCAUACAACACUUCCUGUUAGUUUAUCUUCUUAUUUAUCUUAUAGUUGAUUACUUGCAGUUGUUUAGCAAUUUUUUGUCAGCUGGUCUAUCAAAGUACGGGGUAAUUAUUAUAAGUAAAAGAAGUUAA